AUGAGCAGCAGCCAAGGCCCUUUCCAGUUUUUUCCUGGGUCCCUGCGGGGUAGUGCAGGGUGUGGUUUGGCCCAGCACGGGAGCUCGUACAGACCUUCCAGCGCCGACGGUGCUGCCAGCAGCACCCAGGGCUCCUUCUCCUCCGCCAGAUCCCUCUGGCUGGCUCCUGCGUCCUGCGGAGGCUUCGGCGAGCGCCAUGGGGACAGCAUCUUCCUGGGGGGGAGCGAGAAGGAGACCAUGCAAAACCUGAACGACCGUUUGGCCGCCUACCUGGACAAGGUCCGUGCCUUAGAAGCAGCCAACGCUCAGCUGGAAAGCUGCAUCCGAGAGUGGCACAAGACAAAGUCGCACAGCAAGAGGCAUGACUUGAACCAAUACGAGCAGAGCGUCACCGACAUGCAAAGACAGAUUGAGGAUGGCAAGAUCACCAACGCCAGCAUCCUCCUGCAGAUCGAUAACGCUAACAUGGCAUCUGAAGACUUCAGGCUCAAGUACGAGGCAGAGCGGUCCCGCAGGCAGGGAGUGCAGUGCGACGUGGAGAACUUGCGCAAGGAGCUCGACAACCUCACCAUCGUGACGACGGAUCUGGAGAUGGAGAUCGAAGGCUUGAGAGAGGAGCACAUCCUCCGGAGGAAAGACCAUGAGGAGGAUAUGGAUGCACAUCGCUCAUCGCAGGACUUCAAAGUCAAUGUCAAGGUAAAUGCUACUCCACCCGAAGAUUUAGCCAAGAUUCUAGCAGGAAUAAGAGAAGAUUAUGAAGCUAUAAUUGAGAAGAACCGUAAAAGCCUGGACAAUUGGUACAGAGAACAGAGCACAGCUAUGUCUCUGGCAGCAGUUCCUAAUCCAGAGCAGCUACACAACAGUGAGAACGAGAUCAAGGAUCUAACACGUACCCUCCAGUCCCUGGAGAUCGAGCUGCAGGCGCAGAUGAGUAAGAAACACAUGCUGGAAGACACCCUGGCUGACACCCGGAACUACUACGCUCUGGCACUUCAAAACAUGCAACGGAUCAUCUCCAAGUGUGAGGAAGAGCUAAACCAGGUUCGUCAGGACAUCAAGCACCAAAAUAACCAAUAUAAGGUUCUUCUUGGGAUCAAAAGUCGUCUGGAGAAGGAAAUUUCCACUUACCGCCGGCUGCUGGAGGGGAAUGUUGUCGGGACAAGAACAUCUGAAUCAAACACUAAAGAACACGUGGGGCUGCCCAACCACAAGCUCAGAGCCAUCGUGCACGACAGCGUCAACGGGCAGGUCGUGGCCUCCACCGUCAACGAGAUCCAGCAGCAGGCGUGA